GGCCCCGCCCCGCGCCCUCGCCCGGGCCCCGCCCGCACGACUUCCGCUCCGGCCCCCCACCCCACCCCACCCCACCCCACCUCGCCUCCGACUCGCACUUUCGACAGUACGGUGGCCGCCUGUCUAGGCCAACUUUUAACUCGCAGGCGUGAUGAAGGGAAACGUUAAUUACCUGUUGUUGAGGGGUGGGGUGUUACCUAUAGAGGCCAGGGAUAGGGUGGGUAGGGUAGAGUCAAAUCAUUCUCUCGCUUUGGAAACACGUAAAGCCUUUAGAAACGAGGAUGGGAGGAGAAAAACCCACUCGCAAGGAGCGAUCUCUUCUCCGAGGCCCGUUUCCGGGGGCGGGGAGGCGUGCGCGUCAGUCCCGGGGUACCCGCGCUGGCGCGCGCGGCCUGCGGGGGCCUCCCGCUGAGGAAGUAGGUGAAAGGGCGCGGGCGAGACCUCGCAGGCACCGCCUCCUGCUCUUAAGGUCUGGGCUUCGGCUGCAACCCCUAGGCUUUGCUGGAGGAGAAACCCAGUGUGCUGCCUGCUCCUGCUGCUGCCAUGGCCCUUCUCCGAGGCGUGUUUAUCGUUGCUGCGAAGCGAACACCCUUGGGAGCCUUCGGAGGUCUUCUGAAAGACUUCUCGGCCACAGACCUGUCCGAAUUUGCUGCCAGGGCGGCCUUGUCCGCUGGCAAAGUAUCACCCGAGACUGUUGACAGCGUCGUUGUAGGCAACGUCAUACAGACCUCCUCAGAUGCUAUAUACUUGGCGAGGCACGUUGGUCUGCGUGUGGGUGUCCCCACGGAGUCCCCGGCUCUCACCGUGAACAGGCUGUGCGGCUCCGGUUUCCAGGCCGUCGUGAGCGGAUGUCACGAAAUCUGUGUUAAAGAUGCUGAGAUUGUCCUGUGCGGAGGAACCGAAAGCAUGAGCCAGGCGCCCUUCUGUGUCAGAAACAUACGUUUCGGAACCAAGUUUGGAUCAGAACCCCAGCUGGAAGAUACUUUGUGGGCAUCAUUAAAAGAUCAGCAUGUCCAACUCCUCAUGGGAAUUACUGCAGAGAAUCUUGCUUCCCAAAACAAAAUAAGCAGAGAAGACUGUGACAGAUACGCCUUGCAGACCCAGCAGAGGUGGAAAGCUGCUAACGAUGCUGGCUACUUCAAUAAUGAGAUGGCACCGAUCGAAGUGAAGACAAAGAAGGGAAAGCAGACGGUGCAGGUGGACGAGCACCCCCGGCCCCAGACCACCCUGGAGCAGCUGGCCAAGCUCCCGCCCGUGUUCAAGAAGGAGGGAACCGUCACCGCCGGGAACGCCUCGGGCGUAUGUGAUGGUGCUGGAGCUAUUAUCCUUGCCAGCGAAGACGCCGUGAAAAAGCAUAACCUCUCACCACUGGCCAGAGUCGUGGGCUAUUUCGUGUCUGGAUGUGACCCCACUAUCAUGGGUAUUGGUCCCGUCCCUGCCAUCAAGGGGGCACUGAAGAAAGCGGGGCUGAGUCUGAAGGACAUGGACUUGGUGGAGGUGAAUGAAGCCUUUGCUUCCCAGUACUUGGCUGUUCAGAAGGGUUUGGAUCUCGACCCGAGCAAAACCAACGUGAAUGGAGGAGCCAUUGCCCUGGGCCACCCGCUGGGGGCGUCGGGGUUGAGAAUCACCACCCACCUGGUUCAUGAAUUGAGGCGUCGGGGUGGAAAGUACGCCGUGGGAUCGGCGUGCAUCGGAGGCGGCCAGGGCAUCGCGGUCAUCAUCGAGAACACAGCCUGACCGCGAGGAGCCCGCCACGGCCACUCUCGCCGCGCGUGGCCCGGCCACGGUGACCCGGUGACCUCGAGGGCCAGAAGCGACCGAGUUUCACCAGAAGAAGCACUCCCAGGCUUCCAGCAAAUACGGUGUGUUUCUGAACUAAACCCCACUGCAGAGGGCCUUCCGAGGAGUCAUGUCCUUGCCACGUAGUCACCACUUACGCCUUAGAUAAUGUAAUGUGAUCAUGAGGAAAUGGAAUAAAUAUUGCCUUAAACUCA